AUGGCCACCAAACGCCCACGCAGCCCAGGUCAAGCUCUCAUUCCCAAUCCCUUCAUCAAGAAGCGAAACCUAGAAUGGGCCCUCGACGUCCCCGACGACGACGCCCAACCAACGCACCGCCAGGCAGCCGAUGACGACGACGACGAUGACAACGCUGCUCAACCGGCCCCACCAACUGCCGCAGCCAUCGAAUCCGGCAGCGCCACCAUCACCAACCACGCCGCACAUUUCAGCGCCGUCCUCGCCGGCGCCGCUCUCGACCCGUGGCCCCGCGCCGCGCCGCGCCUGCCCGUGGCGGCGUACGCCGCCCUCUACACGUCGUGCCUCGGGGCCCCGAGCGGCGCGCACUUUGUCGUCCACCAGCACGACCACCCCGUCGCGGGCACGCACUACGACCUGCGGCUGCAGAUCAACGGGGCGAGCAGCGCGAGCUGGGCCGUCAUGUACGGCCUGCCGGGCGACCCCGGCUCGGCCCGGCUCGGCCGCAACGCCACCGAGACGCGCGUGCACUGUCUGUGGAACCACCUCGUCGAGACGGCGUCGCGGGCCACCGGGUCGCUGCUUGUCUGGGACACGGGCACGUAUGAGGUGCUCGGGCGGCGGUCCAAGUCUGCGCCCGAGAUUGAUCCUGAUUCAGAGCGAAGCGAGGACGGGGCCGAGGACGGCAGGACGGAGCAGGAGAAGCUGCGGGAUGCCUUUGCCGAGAGGAAGAUUCGGGAGGAAGAUAGGGAGGGGAGGGAGAAGGCUAGCAGGUCAGCCAGCAGAGCGGCUCCGCAGAGGAGGAGACGAAGGAUGAUCCACAAGCAGGAGGUCAUCGUGGAGACGAGCGAGGAGAUCGAUUCGUCGUCUUCCGAGAAAGAAGAGGACGAGGAACUGGACGAUGAUGUGCUUGAUGCAAGGGAAGUCGUCUCGGAGGAGGAGUCGAAACCCUUGACGGGCCCGGCCAAUCUGUCACAGGCCAUGCGCCAGGAGGUUGAAGAAUUGGAAGACGCUCAAGUCCGCGCCACGAACGCCUAUCCUGGCGCAAAGAACACCAUCGGCAGCGUCCACCAACGUAGGUGGUACCUCUCCAUGGACCGAGCGGCGAGCGGCUUCGUCAAGAAAAGGAGAGGGGGUGGGGUGAAGAAGCUAUUCCUGGAAUUAGAAGAUGAGCAGUCCCGGGGGAGACGACAUUCUGACAUACCCUUUUAUGUCCACGGACCCGAAGUCGAGCGUAGUCUCAUCACGGGCGUCUCGGUAGUGACGUUCUCCGUGACGAGGCGUCGUGGACUUCGUAGGCCGCAAGGGCUGGCGCCCCGUACUGCGUUGAGCUCAUAA